GUUCUGCCGCGGGCGCAGGCGCGUUGACGGGGGCGGCGGCGGCCAUGGACGACGAGGAGGAGACGUACCGGCUGUGGAAGAUCCGCAAGACUAUCAUGCAGCUGUGCCACGACCGUGGCUACCUGGUAACCCAGGAUGAGCUGGACCAGACGCUGGAAGAGUUCAAGGCCCAGUUUGGAGACAAGCCGAGUGAGGGGCGGCCGCGGCGCACAGACCUCACGGUGCUGGUAGCCCACAAUGACGACCCCACUGACCAGAUGUUCGUCUUCUUCCCAGAGGAGCCUAAAGUGGGAAUCAAGACCAUCAAGGUGUAUUGCCAGCGGAUGCAGGAGGAGAACAUCACCCGGGCCCUCAUCGUGGUGCAGCAGGGCAUGACCCCCUCCGCCAAGCAGUCGCUGGUAGACAUGGCCCCCAAGUACAUCCUGGAGCAGUUUUUGCAGCAGGAGCUACUCAUCAACAUCACGGAGCACGAGCUGGUCCCAGAGCACGUCGUUAUGACCAAGGAGGAGGUGACCGAGCUGCUGGCCCGGUAUAAACUCCGAGAGAACCAGCUGCCCAGGAUCCAGGCUGGAGACCCGGUGGCCCGCUACUUCGGGAUAAAGCGAGGGCAGGUGGUAAAGAUCAUCCGGCCCAGUGAGACCGCAGGGAGGUACAUCACCUAUCGGCUGGUGCAGUAGCCGCCCGGCUCACAGACGUAACACGUGGUCGUCCUUCCUUCUCUCUCCCGCCCUGCGGCCUGGAGACGGAUGGGGCUGUGGCCACCGCCGCCGCCCUCCAGGAACCUCACCACUACUGCUCUGGACCCCGGGGCGACCUCCCCUGGAUGCUGAGCCCCACCCUGGACCCUGCGUGACCGUGCCUCCGGAGGGGACAGGAUGCCACGGGGAGGCCUGCAGCAGCCGGUGACCCACAGCAGUCCUGGCUCAAGUCUCCGGCCAGCCCCCACCCCUGUGGCCCUAGGGUGGCCCUGAGGCCGUCUGAGCACAGCCGGGGCAGCAGGGAGCGAGUUACCAUUUGAUGCUGGGUGUUUUUAAAAAUUAAAAGUAUUUGUGCAAGUAAAGUGGCUUAUCUGGAGAAGCAAGGCAGAAUGACAAGUUUGCAGUGAGUGGCCUUGCUCGAGGCUCU